UUCCUGAAACCGGAUCUUUGUGUCAGAGCCGCCCCCAGGCUGGGCUGGCGCCUCAGCCAUGGCCCUUCGCAAGGAGCUGCUUAAGUCCAUCUGGUACGCUUUCACUGCGCUGGACGUGGAGAAGAGCGGCAAGGUCUCCAAGUCCCAGCUCAAGGUGCUGUCCCACAACCUGUACACCGUCCUGCACAUCCCCCACGACCCCGUGGCGUUGGAGGAGCACUUCCGAGAUGAUGACGAUGGCCCUGUCUCCAGCCAGGGAUACAUGCCCUACCUCAACAAGUACAUCCUGGAUAAGCUUGUCACCUUCACAAAAGUUUCUCCAACUGCUUCUCAGCCCCCUCCCAGUUCUUCCUGA